AUGUUGCCCGCUUUCGAUUCCAGGAAUGGACAUGCUCGGGGUCAUAACAUGAAGAAACUUGCGGAACAUAAAUUGCUAGUCCGAGCGAGUUCUCGGUACAUUUAUGCGCCCUUCGCCCCUGAUGAUUACGGUAUGGUGGGUUUCCGAUAUGACAGACUACCUAGUGCAAAAUCACUCCGGAUCCUCUCCCUGUGGCCAGCUCAAUCUGGAGAACCGGUUCAGGUUUCUCUCGAAACGGUUCCAGAGGCGUAUGUAACCAACAGCCUGUCUGGUUGUCAAGCUUUAUCUUACGUUUGGGGCAAUACCGACCGAACGACAAUCAUUACUUGCAAUGGGAAAACGCUCGGGAUUACCAAGAAUUUGUACAUUGCGCUACAAGCCAUUCGUCAGCCAGACAGGGAGACAACGCUCUGGGCAGACGCAAUAUGCAUCGACCAGGACAAUGUGGAGGAGCGCAACGAGCAGAUCAAGCUGAUGGCCACAAUAUACAGCUCUGCGAAGCGAGUAUUGGUUUGGCUGGGUCACAGUCAAGAUGCGGAGGCGGCUUUCUCCAUUGCAAAUCGUAUGGUUGAAGAUUUUCGGUUGUCCAGAAGGGAGAUCGGACUAGCCUCUGAAGCCAUUAUAAUGUAUGGGACCGCACGCAUCAGCUGGGAGCAACUAUACUCUGUGUACAGCCUAUUCGAAUCGCAAUUUUCACGCGAAAUGCUCAUGAAAUUCUCAUUUGAGCCUGACAGAGUCACCUGCUUUACAAUUGGCGUUCAGCAAAAUUAG